AUGGACGUCCUAAGCGUGGCAGACUGGUGUAAUAAAGACCAAGACCCACGCGUGUGGCUCGCUCCCGUGCAGGCUUCCGGCACCUGCGAGACACGCGACUCUUCUACCGACUACCUGGACCACUCGCCUUGCUCCAGUACCGGAUCUUACCACGAAAGCGACUCCACGGGUCACCCCAGUCCUCCGAGUUACAGAAAAAACCCCAAGAGUCCACCCUGCUCCUCCACGCUCAAAGUCCGGGACCUAUGCCGCCUGAAGGGUAUGGUCACCGGAGCCGAGCAGGAGCAACCCACCCGGCACAGAGCCCCCUCCAGCAAGCCCACAAACGGCGUCCAGAGACAGCGACGCGUGGCUGCUAACGCCCGGGAAAGGCGACGCAUGCACGGCUUGAAUCACGCCUUCGACGAGCUCCGUAGCGUCAUCCCGGCUCUGGACAACGACAAGAAACUAUCCAAGUAUGAAACCUUGCAAAUGGCGCAGAUUUACAUCAACGCUUUGGCUGAGCUCCUGCAAGACCCGACUACGUCCCCCCCUUCCAAGAGCGACGAGACGCACCCGGAGCCCGCUACUGAGGGCCAUCUGGCCGCGCACAUCGACGCCAUAACGCUGCGAACAGCCUUCGAUGACGUCCCCUUUCCCGGCAUGAGCUCGCCAUCGUCGGCGUCCGGCACCCCCGGGGAGCGGUUGGAGUCACCCCGCAGCGAUGGAGAGUUUUCCCCGCAUUCGCACUUCAGUGACUCGGAUGAGAUGGUAGUGGAGGAGGACGAGCUCGCUGAACUGAACAUCCCCACUCACCCGAUUCCUCCUUUCUGAAUCAUAUUUUUAAUAAGAUUUUUCAUCUCAUCAUCAGUGUCAAUCACCUUGCAGCCAGUUUGACUUCAAAAAAGUGGAUUAUUUUAAUUUUUAUUUUAAUGUGGCAAUUUGGUAAUGCCAAUAUAGAAAGUAAUUUGCAGUCACCAUAGAAAUGUGUCAUUGCCAUUUUAUUUCCAAACCAAAAACAAAAAAGAAAAAAUCU